AUGUCGCCUCCGGACAACGAGGAUGAGACCCAGCCGCUCCUUGCUGCCCGCCACGACUCUUACGACUCUCAUGACACUCCCCCAAAACGCACUCCCCUUCCUACGACUCAACUGGGCAUAGUCCUCUUUCUCCAACUAGCGGAACCGCUCACCAGUCAGGUUAUAUAUCCAUUUGCACCACAGCUGAUACGAGAUGUCGGAAUCACCAAUGGGGACGAAACGAAGGUUGGAUAUUAUGUGGGCAUAAUGCAAUCGCUCUUUUUUCUGACGCAGGCGAUGACUGUGCUUUACUGGUCCCGUUUGUCUGACCAGAUUGGUCGUAAACCCGUCAUUCUCUCUGGCCUCAUCGGCCUGAGUAUUUCUAUGUACUGCUUUGGGCUUUCCCGGACAUUCUGGGGACUAGUGUUAAGCCGGAGUCUAAACGGUGCUCUCAACGGAAACAUAGGCGUUAUCAAGAGCAUGAUCGCAGAAAUGACUGACACAACCAACAUCGCACAAGCAUAUGCUUACAUGCCAAUUGCCUGGUCAGGCGGCGGAGUACUCGGUCCCAUAAUUGGCGGAUUUCUCGCGCAUCCUGUUGAGCGGUUCCCGGCUUUGUUUGGAGACAGUGAUUUCCUCCGAAAAUACCCUUACUUCCUUCCCUGUGCUGUCCCUGCAACAUACUCGAUCAUUGCAUGGCUUGUCACCCUGUUCUUCCUACGAGAAACUGCGACUGGUCCGUCCAUAAUCACAAUACCGAGUGUGCUAGAUGGACGAGAUGGAAAAGCGGGGAAGCGGGAAUCGUUGGAGGAUGCGCGAGAUCCAGAACCCGAAAGCGAGCCAGCAGUUCCUCUCCGCCAACUGCUAACACGACGAGUGUUUAUAGCCGGCGGCAACUACGCUUUCCUCUCUCUCGUAGACAUCGCGUUCCGUGCCGUCCACCCAGUAUUCCUUGCCACCCCAAUCGACCUGGGUGGCCUUGGCCUCUCAACAGUCCGCAUUGGCCGACUGUUGUCCGUCUUUGGCGUCCUGAACGGCAUCUUCCAGAUAUUCUUUUUUGCCCCACUCCACGAUUACCUCGGGAGCAAGCUCAUGUAUAACAUCGGCAUCUUCACCGCCCUCCCGAGUCUCGCCAUGUUCCCCUUGCUGAGCUACCUCGCAAGGCAAGAGCAAACGGUCACCACAUUCAUCUGGUUCCUUGCCGUAGUCCAAAUUGCCAUCUCAAUCGGACUGUCACUCUCCUAUGGCGCCGUCUUCAUCUACAUCUCCUCGGCCUCUCCCAACCGUGCUUCGCUUGGCGCAACAAACGGACUGUGCCAGCUUUCAGUGUCGCUCAUGCGCACAAUAGGGCCCGCAAUAUCCAACUCGCUCUUCUCGCUGUCAAUUGAGAAACAGUACGCGCACGGGUGGAUGGUGUACUACAUCCUGAUGGGCAUAACCGUGUUUGCUCUAUGGACAGGGUCGUUGUUGCCCAAAAAGCCUUGGACAAUGGGCAAGUAA